AUCCAAGAAUGAUAACUCUUCUAUGGUCAGCUGAUUGAGACACUAACCGUGGUGUUAAGAUUUUUUUACAAAAACAUCGUAGAAGGAAGUUUAUAACAAUAAUAUUAGUAGACUAUUUAAAAUGUAAGUCUAUGCAUAUUUAUUCGUUAAUAUUUAGUAUUCCUUUUUUUUUAAAGUCCAUAGUGAUAGCAAUAAUUUAAUUAAUUUAGGCUUAGGAAGACCAGACCUAAAAUCUGACUGAUACAGCUUCAGGCUUCAGACAUUUCAGUUAAUCAAGUUAAUGAGUUAAUUAAUUGAGUUAACUUGAGUUUAAGUUAACAAACUAAGUGAAGACGACUAAAUUUAAAAUAAAGCUAAAGUUAACUUUUUAACUGAGUAAAUCACAACAAAGUUACGAUAAAUAAAUUUUAUAAAUGGAUAUACGGUACCCGUAUCAGUUUCAUAUAUUUAUUCCAAUAUUCAAUAUUGGCAAUAUUUAUCAAUAUUAAUUAAUCUGUAAUAUCUGUCAUUUUAAAUGACUCAUUUAAUGUAUUUAUUGUCAUUGAAUUGUACUUGUACUCCACUCACUAAUCACUAUGAUAUGAAAUAAAUGAAUGAGAAUGUGAUUAAUUAAAUUAUGGUAUCAAUAAAUUGAAUUAUGGCUUAUGGGCUAGGCCAUAGCAAAAUGAAAUGAUUAUGACAUAACGCAUGGAUACAACAAAGUAUAAAUAAGUAUAUUAGUAUAUAAUAAUAAUAUUAGUUUUAGUUUAGUAGGCAGGCUAUUUAAAAUGUAAGUUUUUAAUUUUCAUGCAUGUUAUAUUUAAUUUAUUUGUGACAUUUUUAUUACCGGUACUAAUUAUAUUUAAUUAUAAUAACUUUUUUGUAAAAGUAAAUUGCAUUUUAAUUAAUUUAGGCAGACCAGACUUAAAAUAUUUAAUAAUAUUUGUAUUAUUAUAAUUAUUGAAAUUAAUAUUAUCUUUCUCUAUGUUUUUUUUAAAAUGUACUCACUGUCACUGUGAAUCACUGAAUUUGAUUACAGUAUGAGAGUGAUCAGUACAAUGAAUUCAAUGAUAACUCUGAUGAUAGGGCAAAAUGAAAGGAUGAAUCAUUAAUGGAUACAAAUUUGCAAGCACAUGACUAUGACUAUGAAGGGAUGAUUCAGAGUCUUAAAAAAUAAUUUCACGUAGGCCUCAUUAUGAACGGAUGCCAUAUGAAUAUUUCAAUAAUCAUAAUUGAAUUGUCAUAAAAUAAUGAUAUUGAUAAACCUUAGCAUUUUAUACACACUACACAGCAUGUGUUUUGAGGUUGCAUCAAUUAUGUGACAAAUUUAUAACAAAUAAAGGGAGGGUGUCAAAAUUUUGCCAAAAUAGUAUGAUGUCAUUUUUGGAUGGCUCCCAACACCAUAACAUUUACAGUUUAAAUUAAAUGCUAAGCAGUCUAGGAACUAUUAUUGCCCCAAUCUAAGACUACUUAUUAUCUAUUGGCAAAUAGGAUACUGAAUCUAUAAUAAUAAUAUUAUUAUAAUAUAAAGGCUGUUAUUUCUAUUAUACUUAUAUUGCUUUUAACGUGGUUUUGAAAAAUAAACGUUCUCAGAGCACGUAUAUUAAGAGAUAUUUUUUACAUAAGUUAGUUGAAAACAAACUAUUUUUAACAAAAAUCCAAGACUCCCUUCAAAAUGCCAACAUAUACUCAAAAACUUAAUAGCUAUUCUAACCACACAACACAAUGAUUCACUGAAUGAUUGGCUAGUGACCAGUUUUAGGGAACAACAAAAACUCAGACAGAGAUAUUCAAGACUGAAAACAAUAUGUGCAAUGCAAUCUAAAGAAACCUCCUUUUAUUUGGAUCAAUAAAUUAAAAGCAUCUUGUCUUUAUUGAAUGAAUUAAAAAUGUUGCACCCAAGUGUAUUUUAACCAAAAUUGUCCAUUGAGCUUGUUUUACUAAUGUAGUCAAGUUGUUGGACUGUUUUGAUUUUUAAUGCAUCAGGUUAAGUAUGAAAUAUUUUUUGCUUAGGGCUAGAGCAAGUACCAGAAGAGGUAACGAUCAACUUGACCAUCUUCAGAAUGAAGUUACUGAAGUCACCUCAUUAUUAAAGGAUAAUGUUGAAAAAGUACUAGAAAGAGGUGAACGAAUCGAUACCCUUCAAUCCAGAUCAGGUAAUGAGUAAAUGUGAAUAGCCAGGUCUAUUAUGUGACUUCUUUUUCUUGUUUGUAUAAUUAGUAGUUUUAAUUGUUAUAGUUAAAAAAUCACUAUUAUUAUAUGUGUCAUUUGAUCAUAAGUAUUAUGUUUGUUUUUUUUGGUUUUCUUUUUUAUAGUAAAAUUUGCUUUUUAAAAAGUUGUUUUUUCUCCAUUUACACCACGGUUUGACUUGAAAGAUUCUUUAAUACGAAGUCCACUUUAAUGGAUUGAAAUAUAAAAUUGCUGUAAUAAUUAUAAAAAUAUCCACUUCUUCGUAACAUUUAAUGCAAGUUAUCACUGAAUAGCUGGUAAAUUUAUCAAUGUUUUUAUUUUUUGAUAUUUUUUAUCUUCUCUUAGAGGAUCUAGAAAGCAGCUCUUCUCAUUUCAAGAGAUCCGCAGUCCAAUUAAAAAAGAAAAUGUGGUGGAAAAAUUGCAAGAUGAUGUGUAUAUUGGGCUCAGUUGUGUUUGUGAUCAUUGCUGUGAUCAUCAUUGUUAUUCUGGGUAAGUGCACCAUAAUCUAACAUGGCAUAUAUGCAAGCUUCUGCAAAUUUGGAUAGCUAAGGAUUUUUGUUAUUAUGUUUUGACAAAAUUAGAGAGAAUUUUACUUCAGGCUAUUUAUAAAAUUGUCUCAACAUUGUCUUUUAUUUAUGUAUGGAACUUCACUUUUAAUUAUAUUAUUUAUUUAAGAAAUGUUUGAGUGUAAAAAUGAACUACUUAUAUGUAUAUAUUCUCCAAGCAAUAGAAGGGUUUUUUUUUGUUUUUUCUCUUCUGAAUUAUAUGUUUGGUUUUUGGUUUUUACAGUGGAAACGAAGCCUUGGGAAUCAUCUGGAGGAGAUCAUCACAAUACAAGUACACCCAAAACUCUCAGUGCACCAUAAGGCAUUGGAUUGUUGGUUUGUUCACUGCCCUGUCAACACCAGUAAACGAAACCAUUUUCUUUUGUCACUGAGAGACUAUGUACUAAGUUUAUAAAUUUAAGCCGGCUUAUUAAAUAUCCACUUGGCAUAAAAUAUCUUCAACAUGUCAAAAAGGACUUGCCAACAUUCCUAUUUUUACUCUUCAUAAUAGCAGACUAUAUUUUGCUAUUUUAGGAGACAAAUGAGAGAACCUAUUUCAUACUUUAUUUCAAUGACACUUGGCCCACUUGACCUCCUGUUUGCAAACAUUGUCCUUAACUGUAUGUGUCAGUAGUAUUUGUUAUGUGCAAUGAUAUUUUACAAGUAAAGGCUAAUAAGCAAGCUGUGUAAAUAUUUAUUAACUCAGUCCUUAAUCAUUAUAUGUCAAAUAUCACUUUUCUGUAGACAAAUAAACAUACAAGUAAAAAAAUAAAAUAAUAAAAUGUAAAUAUCAUCAUUUUUUUUCUUUGACAUUUUUUCCCCUUAACUUGUAACUAUUUAUGACACUGUUUGUUCCAUUACAUUUCUGCUAUAUAAAAAAAUAAUAUUUUUAUCUCAAUUAUUUAACAAAUUUAAAUCUUUAGAAGUAGUAAAACGUUAUUUUGGUUGAACCAAAUUUGAAGAAGGCUUUAAUCAUCUUCGUAACAGUAAACCGCUUUCAAAGCUUUGAAACAUGACAGCAUAAAUUUUCCAAGAUAAACUUAAGAAUUUUUAUACAUAUGGAAAAUCUGUUGCAUAAAAAAACUAGUUUCUAUUUUAAGUUAUUGUUUUAAAUGAAAGUUAAUUAAAAUAGGAUUCUAUUACUUUACCAGCCCUAAAUGGGGGAUCAAAAUACUGAAAAGCAUGAAAAAACUGUCCUUUACUUAUCUUGCUAAUUUUUUCUUUAUGUAUGAAUUUUAAUUUUAAAAAAUUAUAAUUAUAAAUUCCAUGUAAAUGUCUAAGGCUUUUGUAUUUUUGUGCACAUCAAUAUUCAUACAAUUUUAUUAGUGUUUCAUUGUUUGUGGCAACCAAUUGACACAUACAACCGGAGAGUAAAUUGGUGUUCAUCUCCUCUAAAAAUAGGGAGAUCCCAUAUUUGUGUGAAAAUGUCUGUUUCAAUACACAGGCUUUUAAGUGAUUUUCUCAUUAUAAUUCUAGGCAGCAGAAUGGAAAGGGUAUUAAACUUCAUAUAACCAGGACUAGAGUCAACUUUAUAAUUAUUUUUUAUUGCAAUCCUAAUCAACUUAUCUUUCUAAACCCUAAAUUCACUGAAUAAGUUAUCUCUAUUUAAUAAAAUGUAGAUUAAUCGUAUAGCAUUUAAAAUUCUAAAAGUUGGAAAAAAUCAACCAUAUUUUUUAGCUCAAAAUUUUUUACCAUCACAAAUAAAGAAAAAAUUAAGAAAAAGUUAAGAAAAAAUAGAAGACAUGUAACCUGUUGAAAUUAAUAUCAAUGUUUAGUUUAUUUCUUUAUGAUGGUUAAGGAAAUUCCUAAUCCAUAUUUUUACAUAUUUUUUGUUUAACCCUUUUGGGUUAUUAUUUUUUUUUUUUUAGGGAUAACUUAAGAUAUUUUACCAUAUCACAAUAUUCUAUAAUGAAUAAAAUUUUAAUCUAUGAAAAUAAAUUAUUUACAUUGCUAUAUUAGUGUCAAACUCUAAAUGGCUUGUUGUAUUUACUAUACUUAAUUAAUUGUAAUAAAAUCUGUGUACCCUGACUUAUUAUGAUGAGUACAGAAAUAUAUUUUGUAUGGGCUGACGUAUUCGACCCUUCAUACUUUUAUUCUUUCAAGCAACAAAAUCAACAAUGUUUGAAAUAAAUAAAAUUUUGAUGAUACUUUCUUUUUAUAAAUAUUAGUCUCACCUAUUCCCAUGGCCAUCUCUUAUACCUCCAUCCAUGGGUGUCCUGCCCUCUUAUCUUUUAGACCACUGUUUUUAAUCAAAGCUUUACAAAUUAUGACCCCAAAUAAUAUUUCAUUCCUAUUAAAAUACCUCACAAUGGAGUUGUGCUCAUUCCAUCAUAUAUUUGCUUGAUAAAAAUAUUUGUGGUCAUUGUUUAUAUCAAUUGAUUGAAGUUUCCUUCAGCGGAACCUCUUUUUGUCUAGAAACUACACACCAUUUAUAGGUGAAAUCAUGAACAGUAGCAUAAUGAAUAGGUGUGGACCUUCUGAUGAGGUUUUAGGAUGCUUCUUCAGACAUGCAUGGUGGACAUUACAAUUAUCAGACCUGUUGCUCAGCACCAUAUAUUGAAUUACAGUUAGGCCUUGGCUGACUUUUUUCUUUGGUUCCCCUGCACUAUGGUGGACAUUACAAUUAUCAGACCUGUUGCUCAGCAACAUAUAUUGAAUUACUGUUAGGCCUUGGGUGACUUUUUUUUUUUUUUUUGUUCCCCUGCACUACAAGCCAUUUUUACUUGUGUUUUUUGUAAUUGUUUUUUUAAUGUUGGCUGAGAUUAUGGCUUGCACCAGCUAAACAAACAGUAUGGAAUGUCUUUCAGUUGUAUGUAGCAUUAAAUGAGCCUGGAAAGAAAAUAUUUAUAUUUUCUAUGACAGUUGAUAACUUUUUUCCAUCCCAGUGAUGUGUUGAACCAUUGACAUACUCAGGAUUGUCUUUAAAUGUACAAAAGUCUUUAAUUUAUUCUUCAAAAUUUCAUUCGGUUAAACAAUUUUUACUAUAAAGAAAGUACAUCCAAAAGAUCACUGAUUCUUAUGAAGAAAUAUGUUUGCAAGUAUCAUUUCAGAGGACACGGGAAA